AUGAGCAACAAUGUAGAAUAUGUCCAAAUAAAAGACUUGAAGCCCAAUAUGAAGAAUAUAAAUGCAAUUUUUAUUGUGCUGGAAGUGGGCCCGCCGACAUUGACGAAGGAGGCGCGCGAGGUGCGCACAUUGCGCGUGGCCGAUGCGAGUGCAUCAGUAAAUCUGUCCGUCUGGGACGAGCCGGGUGCGCUUUUGCAGCCCGGUGACAUCGUGCGCCUCACGCGCGGCUAUGCCUCGCUGUGGCGGCAGGCUCUGACUCUCUACUCAGGAAAGUCAGGAGAUAUCCAAAAAGUUGGAGAGUUCUGCAUGUUGUUCAAUGAGCAGGUGAAUAUGAGUGAGCCACAACCAGCUCCGACACCACCAGCUACUACUCCUGCUGUACCAGCCCCUGCAGCUUCUGCGCAACCUGCUUCUGACCGCUAUAACCAAGCAUCGGAGCACAGUGGUCCUGGGAAGCACCCACACCGAACCUAUGUACGUGGUCGGGGACACCAACGCGGAAACAACCGCAGGUAG